AGAGAAAGUCUUAAAUUGGCAGGACCUGUGGUGUAAAUAGCAUAGUUUCAUACAUUUUGACAAAUUUAAAGCAUGAAAAUGUGAAAGUAUGGGACAUUGAUAAAAAAUCAAUAAGUAUGUUGACCCCUGUGGAACUGAAGGUUGCUGAGUUGAUAGGUGUCCCUGAAUCCUAUGUAGCAAAGAAAGCCUCUGGAAAACACACCAGACAGGCCAUUGACGAGUUUGUUGUCAAGCGAUUCUACCUGACCCUGAUGCUUUAUGAUCUCUGGAAGCAGAAGACACUUUGGGUAGUGGCAGAGAAAUUUGAAUAUCCUCGAGGGUUUGUCCAAAACCUCCUCUCAGGGGCGGCUAGUUUUGCGACCUGUGUCUAUCACUUUUGUCAGGAGUUAGAGGAAUUCUGGGCCUAUCAAGAACUCCUGGGAACCUUUGUCAAGCGCCUGGCUUAUUGUGUGUCUGCAGAACUCCUACCGCUCAUGGAAAUACCAGGUGUCAAACUGGGUAGAGCUAAGCAGUUAUACAAUGCGGGAUUCCAGUCUGUGGCGUUAGUGGCAGCUGCUGAUCCCGAGAUCCUUGUUAAAUCCAUACAGCAGAUCCCUCGUAAAGUGGCCAAACAGAUCGUCGCUUCCGCAAAAAUUUUGCUGAAUGAGAAAGCAGAGGCCUUACUACAGGAAGUAGAGGAACUGGUGACGGUUCCGGUCGAGUGAUCAACCGUACAUAGUUCACAGGGUCAAACCUCUCCCUGGGAUGAUAUGGACUUGUUUUCUAGUCUUGAUACACAGUCUUCUACCUCAUGAUAAAAAUUGACACCCUUUUUAGCUCGAAGACAAAAAGUGCAUUUAGAUAAAGGGAAAAAAACCUCAAGAACCCUCCUAAUGAUUUACAUGUAAAUUCCUGCAGUCCUUUGGGUUUAAGUUUAAGUUAGUUGAAUGUGACGUCAUGGUUAAAAAGACUGUAGUGCAUAGGAUGUUCA